AUGAUCGGCGGCCAUGAAGGCAUUGGACGAAUCGUGAUGGCGCAGGACGAGUUGCUGCUCGGCAACCUGGUGGCGGCGCGAUACCUGUCCCACCACUGCCGCCACUGCCAUGCCUGCCUCCACGAUCUCCCCGAGCGCUGUCCCUCCCAACGCGACUUCCCACGAGACCACCCCGGGACGUACCAGGAGUACAUCAGGGCUCCGAUCUCGUCCUUGAUGCCCCUGCCCGCCUUCAUUUUGGAUAGCAUCCACACCGGCGCCGGGCCGAGUUUGGGUGAUUAUGCGGCUGCCCUAUGCUCCGGCGCCGCUGCAUCCAAGGCGCUAAGGAAGUUGAGCCCCAGCCCAGGAGAUGUGGUGGUGAUCAGCGGUAUUGCGGGCUCUAUCGGCCAUCUAGCCGGGCAGAUUGCAAGAAAAGUGUACAAAGCCAAGGUCAUUGGCGUCGACCUACCGGAGAAGCAGCCCGGGCUGGGCCCACGCAGCUCCGAGUGCUACGAUGCGUUCGUCCCUGCGAAUCGGGACUCGGAAGGGUCUGCCUCAUUUCUCGAAGGCCUUUCACGCGCCAGUAGCGAGUUACGGGGACCUGAUGUGCCACCUGCGAUGGCCGACGGGGUCAUUGUCACGGCUGGAUCGACGGGGUCAUUGUCACGGCUGGAUCGACGGCAGCGUGGCGCUAUCGUCUGCGUUGGUGUCCCUAAGCACGGCGGGGAGGUAUCCUUCCCCAUUGCCGAGGUGGUCGAAAAAGGAAUCCGGAUUCAGGGCACGCUCAUGGGCGGAUGGGAGGAAAUCUAUCGCGUCAUGCAGUACAUCAGGUCCGGCCUGCUCUCCCCCGUCGUGACGGAGAUCGAGCUCCGGGAUGUUCCCUCCUACAUGCAGCGAUUCGUGUCCUGUGAAAAUGCGGGCAAGAUCGUGGUCAACAUUGCCUCCCCCUAA